UCUUAUGCGUUUUGCUACGUUUUGUCUUCUUGUCCAAGUUUUACUUGCCCACUGGUUUAUCGUAAGAGAGGAAGGCCAGUAGUGUCAAAUGCGGGGAUAUCCAUUCUGCUAUUCCUCCUGGUUUUAUUCCCUGUAAGAUGGAUGGGCCAGGAGUGUCAAACACAGGGAUGUCCAUCCUGAUGCCUUCCCUCACUAAGCACUUAAGCUCAGUUUGGCAUCUUGAGCGCUGAGCUCUUGGCAGGUGUUUCUGCACCAAUGAUUAAUUUCAGGAGAGUAACCAUCUUGACAGGCAAAUAAAAGCUACAGAAUCCCAGCCCUGCUAAUUUGCAGCAAUUCGUGGAGAAAAGCCAGUAUACAGCAUUUGCUGACAAGAUUUAUCUCUCCAAUUGAUUGCAGUUAACAUCAUGCUUCCCUUAGACAGAUGAAGAUUACAGAGCUCUGCCUUCAAGAAGGAAGGCAUCUGCUAAUUGCAUUCAUUAAUUACAUGGACUCUGCUGAAUGGCAUUCUCCAGUAUGGAAAAAUGAAAAAUGUUUGAUUGUGUGUAUUUAUUUGUAAUAGAAACAUAAAGCCCCUAGCCAAUGAUUUAAACAGAGAUUUAGUGGGAGUAUCAGCCUAAAUAGCAAAGUGUGAAUUUACAGCUUAACGUUUUAGUAAGUGAUGAAACUAAAGCCAGUUCUUAAAGCAGAGUCAAGCACACAACAAAAAUACUGCUAAACAUGUAUGAAUUUUUUUUCUUAAGAUACACACAAAUAAAGAGAAACUAAUGAAUUGCAAAGUGGUAAGACUGUUUCAUUGUCAUAUCCUUCCCGUUCUCCCUUUGUCUAAUUUUAAGGACAACCUGCACAGCUAUUAGAUGGAGAAGUCUGUGAUUCUUCUCUUGUGAAAAAUUGUCGGGCUGGGAUGAAAGUUGUUUUUCUUCAUGCAUCAUUCUGCUGGUUUCUGAAAACCACUUCAGGAGAGAGAAAACAAUUGCAAAACAAUGACUUCAGUUUCUUGUUUGUUUGUGCUUGAAGUCUUGCUCUUGUGGAAGCAUAGGCCUGAAAUGCUUCCCAGGUUGUCAGUUUCAGGGGAGGUUCAAAAACUGUGCCCUGAAGCAAGGAAGUCUGAGUUAUUGAAAAGAAAUUAGAGAGCAAGGUGAGGAAGGAAAAAGGAUAUGGAAAUACUAAUGGAUGGGUGAAGGAGAUCUAAGCAGGAAGGCUGGAAAACAUUUCCUCUCCCUUCAGGCCACUUCUUGCUAGUGUACUCACAGGAUCAGCAUAGGAAAGGCCCAGGGUCUGCAAGAGAAGGCCCUGCAAUGUCAGAGUCUUCCCGCAAAAUCUGAAGAUUCAGUGGAAGAACCCUAAAUGGGAGUAGAUUGCUGUUUGUAUAUCUUCAGGGCAGAGGGAGAGAGAUGUUAAAAGGUUGCACAUUUAAUUUUUAGCUCAAUCCACUGUCCCACUAACUGUUGUUUCUCACUGGGUAAGUUUAGAAUACUCUUGUGAAUGGGUCUCUUAGUAGCUUCUUGCUCAAAUACCACUUCUUUCAGACUUAAGACUGGGCAGAGGAAAGGCACAAGAACACAGGGACCUCUUCUUCUUGAAGUCCCUGGUGGUGCAAAGCCUUGAAGUCACUGAAAAAACAUCAAUUACGAAGCAUUUUUCUCUUUUCUGGAAUUGUCAUCCAUCACUAUGAAACCCACAUACUAUGAGUUUGUUUCAAGCUUUGUGCCUCUUCACUUACUGCAGAUAAGCUGUGCUUCGAGCUGUCCUGGGGAAGGCUGUUGUCCUUGGGGAAGCAUGGCCUUCCGUGGCUGGAAGCGGCUGUUCCUCUGGGGCAGGCAGAACACCCUUGCCAAGGUGUGGAGAAGCAGGAGGGGAGGCCCCGCUCUGUGCUGGGAGCGCUGCUGCCAUUGGAGCACAGGCAAGUCUCUGGACCCCGAGGUGAGAGCGUUUUUGGAGGAGAACACCGAGGUCACCAACAGCGGGCAUCUCACACCAGAGAUCCGUCUGCGCCUCCUCACCCCUCGCUGUAGAUUCUGGAGAGAAAAACCUGACCUGUGGCCUUAUGGGGACCCCUUCUGGGCAAUUUACUGGCCAGGAGGCCAAGCCCUUUCCAGGUAUAUUUUAGAUAAUCCACAUGUGGUUAAAGGGCGAUCAGUUCUGGAUCUUGGAAGUGGAUGUGGGGCAACAGCAAUAGCUGCUGUGAUGAGUGGUGCAUCCCAAGUCCUUGCCAAUGACAUUGACCCUAUUGCAGGAAUGGCAAUGAUCUUGAACUGUGAACUGAACCACCUGAACCCCUUCCCCAUCACCAUUAAGAACAUCAUCAAUUCAGAGGCUGGCAACUGGGACCUCAUAGUUCUAGGAGAUAUGUUUUAUGAUGAACAGCUUGCUGAUGGUCUGCAUCACUGGCUGCAGAAGUGCAUCAGGAUUCACCAGACUGAAGUGCUGAUUGGUGACCCUGGCAGGCAUCAGUUUUUAAGCCACAGCAUUCGCAAUGAGCUGCACAAAGUUAUAGAAUAUUCCCUGCCUGAGUAUACGAGACAAGAAAACUACGGGCUAACAUCAAGUAUUGUGUGGAGCUAUCAGCCCUCAAACAGCUUAGACGACUCUUGAACCUGCCUUUCUAUGGGAUUUUGUCUCACUUGGUUGGCUUUCUGCAGGUAUAUAAAACGAAUACAGGAAUUAAACAGGGAACAUUAUCUGUUAAAGUAAAGCAGCUUACUGUACCUUCACUGGACUGAUUUCAAUCAUACUCAUUGAGGUUUUUGCUCAAUUUGAGGUAAAAGCUACAUGCAAACUGUGUUCAAAGGGGCCUGCACUGAAGUGCAGAUCUACAGACAACUUACGUGUAGGAGUUUGCAUGCUUGAUGUUUCCCAUGUAUAUUUGUGUCUUGCUGACAUUACUGUGAAAUGUUUUGGAUGUCCAGCAUACUGCUGUGGGGAGAGUGCUGUGGCUGAAGGACUACUGCACUGCUUCCAUAGGCUUUUGCAGCUUAUUUAUAGAAAAUUUCUAAAUAUAGGAAAUUAUUGCAGUCCUCCAGAGAAUUCUCCACUAGAUUAUUAGCUCAUAAUAUGCUCAACUUGAAGUGCCUUGCUCUCUUUCUGGGUAUCUCUUCUGAAUGUUAAAGUAACUAAUUUGAAUCUCCCCCUUUCCCCCUAUAAUAAAAAUUUCCUCUCCCUUGAAACUGCCAGAGUGAUUAUGUAGGAGUUGUACCAAAUCUAAACUCUACUUCUUGACUGCCAGCCAGUGUAAAAGCUUUAAUAAAUGGAAAGUGAAUAAAUA